AUGGGGAAAAUUGGGCAGGAAAAAGGGGUCUGUCCGUUGAUUUCAUUUUUCGCCGCCCUUGUUUCUUUGGUGGAUGUUGUUUUACUUUUUGCUUGGCCCGAUUAUUUAGGGCCUUCACCCGUUCUACCUGAGCAGCAAAAUUCUGUUUUUAUUGGUUUAGCUAUAACUUUUUGUCUGCUAAUUGUGUAUGGACAAUGUAUUUGUUUAGGAGUUGUUAGCAGCGGUUUUUUACAUUUGGCGUGGGCUCUACGCUUCAUUUCACUCAUCCCCGAUACUGUUCUUUCAUUUGCAAAUACUCAAAGAUUGUUUAACGAAGUCCCUUCAAAUUAUUGCUCAUUAAGUCAAUUUUUGUUGGCUACUUUUAUGACUUUCUUGCUUUGCUGGGCGGAUUCGACAACUUCAACUGAUGCCCAAUACCAACGUUUAGAUGGUCAAGAAGGGCGAAAGGAGAAGAAACGAUGCCCAGAAAAUUCAUCUUCUGCACUCAAUUGUCUUUUCUUUUGGUAUACUGGACAAAUGAUUUGGCGAGGUUUACGUGGAUCUGUUGAUUUUGAUGAUCUUUGGAUUUUGGAUAAAUGCUUUCAAGCAGGAUAUUUGCGCAGUCGAUGGCACCGACUUCAACGAGUAUGUGCAGGACGAAAACUCAAUCCAGCUUUGUUUCUCUUCCGCUGUUUUCUUUGUGUUUGGGAAUGGAAUUGCUUGUGUGUUAUAGCGGCAGUUUUUGUUGUUCUUGGAAAUUAUGCAAAUGCUAUAUUUCUUAGGUUUUUAAUAGAAUUUACAAAUUUAAGCUGGUUUUUAGAUUGA